UCCUCAUGGGAAGAAGAAGCAGAGCAGAGAAGAAAAGCAGACACAAGGCAUUGAACCUCCAUCACCAUGGGGAACUGGAUUGAGAAUGAGGGGCUCUCCAUCUUUGUCGUUCUGGUGUGGCUGGGGAUGAACGUCUUCCUCUUUAUCCAGUUCUAUGGGAUAUAUUUCUCUAGACCUCAGUUCUAUUACACUCGAAAACUUCUUGGGUUUGCGCUGCCAUUGGCCAGGGCCCCUGCAGCCUGCCUGAAUUUCAACUGCAUGCUGAUUCUGCUGCCAGUCUGUCGAAAUCUGCUCUCCUUCCUCAGGGGUUCCAGCGCGUGCUGUUCCACAAGAAUUCGAAGACAACUGGACAGGAACCUCACUUUUCAUAAAAUGGUGGCAUGGAUGAUUGCACUUCACACUGCGAUUCAUACCAUUGCCCAUCUGUUUAAUGUGGAAUGGUGUGUGAAUGCCCGAGUCAACAAUUCUGAUAGCUAUUCAAUAGCACUCUCUAACCUUGGAGAUAAACCUGGUGAAAGUUACCUCAAUUUUGCUCGAAAGAAAAUCCCGAAUCCUGAAGGAGGCCUGUAUGUGGCUGUGACCCGGCUGGCCGGCAUCACUGGUAUUGUGAUCACACUGUGCCUCAUAUUAAUUAUCACUUCCUCCACCAAAACCAUCCGGAGGUCUUAUUUUGAAGUGUUUUGGUACACACACCAUCUUUUUGUGAUCUUCUUCAUCGGUCUCGCCAUCCACGGAGCUGAGCGAAUCGUUCGUGGGCAGACCCCACAGAGUUUAAAGGAACACAAGCCUGAGCAAUGUGAGGGAGACCCCUCAGACUGGGGAAAACCAGGAAAAUGCCCAAUCCCACAGUUCUCUGGGAACCCUCCUAUGACGUGGAAAUGGAUAGUGGGUCCCAUGUUUCUGUAUCUCUGUGAGAGGUUGGUACGGUUUUGGCGAUCUCAACAGAAGGUGGUCAUCACCAAGGUGGUCACUCACCCUUUCAAAACCAUUGAGCUACAGAUGAAGAAGAAGGGAUUCAAGAUGGAGGUGGGACAAUACAUUUUUGUCAAGUGCCCCAAGGUGUCCAGGCUGGAGUGGCACCCUUUCACACUGACCUCCGCCCCUGAGGAAGACUUCUUUAGCAUCCAUAUUCGUAUCGUUGGGGACUGGACGGAAGGACUUUUCAAUGCUUGUGGCUGUGAUAAGCAGGAGUUUCAGGAUGCUUGGAAACUACCUAAGAUAGCUGUGGAUGGGCCCUUUGGCACAGCCAGUGAAGAUGUGUUCAGUUACGAGGUGGUGAUGUUAGUGGGAGCAGGGAUCGGGGUCACACCCUUUGCAUCCAUUCUCAAGUCCGUCUGGUAUAAAUAUUGCAACAAUGCCACCAAUCUGAGGCUCCAAAAGCUGGCUCAACUUCGUCUCAGCUUUGCAGGCCUGGGUGGGGUGAGACUAAAGCGGAACCUUCGCGCCAUGUCCCAAGAGGCUGGGGAAACUGGCCACUCAAGCCGCGCUUUUCGGCAAAUGUUCAGCAACUUUACUUUCCGUUUGAUGUAUAUAACAAUGCAUUUUGAGACAUCCUCUUUAAAGCAUUGUAUACCAAAGGACUCAAGUAGGAAAAAGAUGUACAAUUUAUUGGGCCCCCUAAGUCCAAAAUCCAAUGUUGAAAAAUACCGAGAUUUUGAAAUUGAGAGAUUUCACAGCAUAAUUGAUAUUUCUGAAUUUCUUGCAAAACUGGAGGAUUAG